CUUAACCCUCUCUGAAAAUACACUCUGGUACAGAGUUUGCAACCAGAACGUCACUUUAUUCUCUCUCUCCUCUUUGUCUUCAAGUCAAAAACAGCUGCUAGCCUCAGAAUUCAGAAGCCUUUCCACUGUGACCACCAAUUGCAGAGGAAGGAGGGACAACCAUAUAUAUAUAUAUAUGUAUAGAUAUUUAUAGAGAGAGAGAUCGACGAUGGCGGAGAAGAACUUUAUUAUAGAGAUCGAGCCUGCGAAGGAAGCAAAGGAUGGGAAGCCUUCAAGGGGACCAGUGUAUCGCAGUGUGUUCGCUAAGGAUGGUUUUCCACCUCCGAUUGAAGGUUUGGAUAGCUGUUGGGACAUUUUUCGCAUGUCCGUAGAGAAAUAUCCUGAUAAUAAAAUGCUUGGUCGCCGUGAAAUUGUGGACGGGAAGCCUGGUAAAUAUGUGUGGCUAACUUACAAACAAGUAUAUGACCUUGUAAUGAAAGUUGGGAUUUCCAUCCGGAGUUGUGGUAUUGAAGAAGGAGGACGAUGUGGCAUAUAUGGUGCCAAUUCCUCAGAGUGGAUAAUGAGCAUGGAGGCAUGCAAUGCUCAUGGGCUCCAUUGUGUUCCUCUAUACGACACCCUAGGUGCCGGUGCUGUCGAAUUUAUCAUAUGCCACGCAGAGAUUACAAUCGUUUUUGUGGAAGAAAAAAAGAUUUCUGAGGUGUUAAAAACUUUUCCUAACACAACAAAGUACUUGAGGACAAUUGUGAGCUUUGGGCAAGUUACUCUUGAACAAAAGAAAGAAGUUGAAAAGUUUGGUUUGGCAAUAUAUUCUUGGGAUGAAUUUUUGUUAUUGGGAGAUAAUAAGCAAUUUAAUCUUCCUGUAAAAAAGAAAAGUGACAUUUGUACAAUAAUGUAUACUAGUGGAACGACUGGUGACCCCAAAGGUGUUUUGAUUUCCAAUAAUAGCAUUGUUACUCUUAUAGCUGGGGUGAAGCGCCUGCUAGAGAGUGUGAAUGAAGCGUUGACUGUGAAGGAUGUUUAUCUUUCUUAUCUUCCUCUGGCACAUAUAUUUGAUCGGGUGAUUGAGGAGUGUUUUAUCAAUCAUGGUGCCUCAAUAGGAUUUUGGCGCGGGGACGUCAAAUUAUUGAUCGAAGAUAUUGGAGAACUAAAACCUACUAUUUUCUGUGCUGUUCCUCGGGUGUUGGAUAGAAUUUAUUCAGGUUUGACACAAAAGAUUUCUUCAGGAGGUUUCUUGAAACACACACUUUUCAACGUGGCAUACUCAUACAAAUUACGUAACAUGAGGAAGGGUCAUAAACAUGUUGAGGCAGCUCCACUUUGUGACAAAAUUGUUUUCAGUAAGGUAAAGCAAGGACUGGGAGGAAAUGUACGGCUUAUUUUAUCUGGAGCAGCUCCUCUUGCCUCCCAUGUAGAAGCUUAUCUACGAGUGGUGGCCUGUUGUCAUGUACUUCAAGGAUAUGGUCUGACAGAAACCUGUGCUGGAUCAUUUGUCUCACUACCAAACGAAUUGGAUAUGCUUGGAACAGUUGGCCCGCCGGUCCCCAAUGUGGAUGUGUGCCUUGAAUCUGUUCCUGAGAUGGCAUAUGAUGCCCUUUCAAGCACACCACGUGGAGAAAUAUGCAUAAGGGGUGAUACAUUGUUUUCGGGGUACUACAAACGUGAGGACCUCACCAAAGAGGUCUUGGUUGAUGAGUGGUUCCAUACAGGGGAUAUUGGUGAGUGGCAACCAAAUGGAAGCAUGAAAAUUGUUGACCGCAAAAAGAAUAUUUUCAAGCUUUCACAAGGAGAAUAUGUUGCUGUUGAAAACUUGGAGAAUGUUUAUGGUCUUGUUGCAGAUAUUGACUCAAUAUGGAUAUAUGGGAACAGCUUUGAGUCUUUCCUUAUUGCUGUUGCCAACCCAAAUAAGCAAGCACUUGAACAUUGGGCAGAAGAGAAUGGUGUACCGGGUGAUUUUAAUUCCCUGUGUGAAAAUCCAAAGGCAAAAGAACACUUGCUUGGAGAGCUCGCGAGGAUUGGGAAAGAAAAAAAGUUGAAAGGUUUUGAGUUUGUUAAAGCUAUUCACCUUGACCCUGAGCCAUUUGACAUGGAUCGUGACCUGCUCACCCCAACAUUUAAGAAGAAAAGACCUCAGUUGCUCAAAUACUACCAGAAUGUCAUUGACAACAUGUACAAGAGUGCAAAGUAGCCUGUUGCCUGAGGGUAGUAUUCCGUGAGCUACAGCUGUAAAAGGCUUUUUCUUCUAUUUGUCCCUACAGUUGCUAGUGGCGUGCUUUUCUUACCUUGGAUUUCACUUGUGAUUGUACAUAUGGUAUUUAUAUACCAGAUGAAUAUUUUAAGUUAAUUUUUGUGUAAUGCUAUGACCUGGACUGUAAUCUAGACGUUAUUCUGUAAAUGACGUUAAAUAUUCUAUUAUGCAAGCAUCUAAAGAUUCUUAUUUGACUUUUUAA